CUCACGUACCAGCCGUGUACCAAUUGCAGGAAGACCGCUUAUCGGUACUAUCAAUCAGUUGUCAUUAAGUAUAUAAGGCGCAAAUAUUCUAGACGAAAUGUACACCGAAGCAGAGAACACAAUGUGCAACAUCAAGUCAGCCUGCUGGACCUUGGUCCUUCUGAUUACUUUCGAAAUCAUCUUAGCCCAAGAUGGUGCGUUCUUCCUGAAGGCAUCCAAGAGCGUUCCCAGAAUUGGAAAGCGCAACAGAAACGAGAACGAUGAAAACUUCAGGAAGAUCUUCCUAAAGGCUUCCAAAUCCGUGCCAAGAAUCGGCAGAAGAGACUUUGUUCCUGCGAUGCAACAAAAAGAAAUCGCCGAGAAAUAUGAAAAUUGGUCGGAUAUUGCUGAUCUAUAUGAAUACUAUCCGGAGCUGUUUUCCUCACCGCAACUACUGUCACAGUUUGAAGACUAUAAGAUGUAUGGGGACCAAAUUUUUCCAGAGAAGAUGCAUAUGAAACGGAAAGAUGAAUCAGAAUUAAGAGAGUUCCAUAUCGAACAAGACAACUAG